AUGGCAGUGUGGUUCACAGUCUCGCUAGCCAUGUUCCAAUACAUGAUCAUGUGUCAUAACGUGACCGGACACCGCAUGUGUUGUCUGCAUCGUGCCAUACUUACCAUCACAAUCAUCGCGAUAGCUACCAUCAUUGUGUGUAUACCAAACUACUUAGCCUCACGUGUUGUGAAACUCACAGACUUUGGUUUCAACUCAAGCGGCUACUAUGUUUACAACUCCGAUCUGGUGUUAAAACACAGUUUCUACAUCGUGUUUAUUUUCUGGUUCUACGGAGUCUUUAUGAAGCUUGUACCUUGCGUUAUGCUGUCAUUUCUUAGCGCAAUGGUCAUACUGGCGAUGUACAAGGCGAGCAAGCAAAGACUCCGUCUACUGGAGCAGACGCGGUCACCAGACCGCGACGUCAACCACCUGUACAACAGAACCUCCUGGAUGCUGGUCUUCGUCGUUCUGUUCACUGUGAUAACAGAGAUGCCAAAUGGCAUUUUAGCUAUGUUGAGAGGACUGAACGACAUUGUCUACCAGGAAGUCUACGACAAUCUCGGUGUGGUCAUGGAUCUUAUUAUGUUGCUUAAUUCUGUGGUUAAUUUCGUGAUUUACUGUAGCAUGAGUCAGCAGUUUCGAGACACCUUUAAAAAUAUAUUUGCUGUAAAAGCUAGAUGCGGCAAAGUGUACACAGUACGGAAGAGUGACCGGACAUCAUAA